AUGGAAAAUCACUACCAAUCCUUGUCAAAGCGCGAAAAUAUAAGAAUUCGCGUUCAGAUAAUUUCAAUAGCGAGAAGGGUUCGAAUUGCACGAUUUCACCGGGUGGUUGCGAGUCAGAACUUAAGAGUCAAUGUAUUAAAGGAACGACCACGUAAUGAUAAUUACUUAUCAACAUGUUAUAGCACUGGGGUAAUACUUGUCUAUAGAAAUGAACAUCCCGGGUAUAUCGAACCUCGCGAAGUAGUACGCAUUCAAAUAAAUUUCAAUAGCGAGAAGGGUUUAAAUGGUUCCACCGGUAUGCUAUUAGGAUGA